CGGCGGGCGGCACGACGGCGUCGCGGCGGGACCUGACCGAGCAGCAGCCGCCGGAGCCGCCGGCGGAGGAGUCCUCGGGUCCCGCGGCUGGGCGCAGCGGCUCCAAGGCGGGCAAUGCAGCCCCGACGCCGCCGAAAGGCAAAGGGGCGGCGGUGUCGGCGGCUGCCUCGCGGCUCAUGCGAGAUUUGCGCCGCGACAUCAAGGAGUCGCGCCCCACCUCGGGCCGGUCGGCGUAUCCCGAAUACCCCGCAGGAGGAGGAGGAGGAGGAGGAGGCGGUGGACAGUCGCGGGACACCUGGGGCCGGUUGGCGUACCCCGAGUACCCCGCAGGAGGCGGCGGUGGAGGAGGCGGCGGCGGCGGCGGCGGCGGCGCCUGGCGUCGUGUGAAGAGGCCGCCGAAGAAAGGGCGGACCUUCAAGAGCUGCUUCGGCCUCCCGCUCGACCGCAUCGGCACCAAGAGCGGCCUGGGCUGCUGAGCCGCCGUCGAAGCCGGCCCGAAGGCGACACCUGGCGGCGGUGAGUGGCAGCGCGCCUGGCCUCAGUGGCUCCGGCGGUGCAAUGGGUCGAUCCAUCGGUUUAGUUGGAGUGGGGCGGGGGGGGGGGGGGGGCAGACCACCCGAAAUCAAUACUUCAACAUUAGGGCUGUUCAGUUGCAGAUAGCAAUUAACGAAAGGGACCUUGUAGGUCAUCUAGUCCAACCCCCGUUCCAGUCCAUUUGUCAUCCGGAUAGAGACAUUUAGGGAG